AUGGAGCCCAAAAAAUCUAGUUCCGCAACUGUAUAUACAGAAAUUCGCACCUCCCCUCUACUUGGCCUUCCCCGCGAGCUUCGCGACCGCAUAUGGGAUCUUGCGCUCGAAGAUACAGAAGUUCAUAUUCGAAAAGACUGCCAUAUCAUCACUAUAGUGUAUCAGAAUCCCAGCUAUGACCAGCCAAGCCCUGAUCAACACAGGGAAUUUAAAUUUCGUGACACCCUUCCGCGAUGGCUCCUAGCAAACCAGCAAACCCUCUCCGAGGGCCUCGACCAGUUCUCGCGAAAAGGCGUGUGUACAGCACUCAUGCACCAGGAUCCGCUGCCCCAACCUGUCCAACUGGAGAGAACUGGAGCGCAUGGAAAUGUUCUUCUCAAUCACGUCAAGGAACUAAGUUUCCAUCUCAAAUUGGCUGUUGUGUCCACCGAUUUUAGCGGCGGUACAGGCGGCCACGUCAUGAAAACGAAGAUAGUACCCAGAUCAAGAAUCGUGGAUGAAAAAGCUCCCAUAUAUCCAAAGCCCAAAUUCGCCUACCUCCUACCCAAUGUAUACAGUGUACAUCUACGGAUUGAUGUGGUAGGACUAGAGCACUACGCGCGUCCUAAACUUAUCAAAAUCGACGCAUCAUUCCUCUGCAGUAUCGGCACAGACUUCACUCGCAUUAAUAUAUCUGUUCCUAGACUCCAACUCCAGGGCACGAACGGAGCAGUUGUACCACAUAUUGCUCCUCUUUACUCAAUGUAUCCCCGCCUCCAGCGCGCUCUCGUUCAACUGGGCGGGCACCUGUCCCGGCACUUGGGUGAACUUCGCCUACCAAAACCAGAAGAGCGGUGGCAGAGCCUAGAGAAUAGAGAAGCACUGUAUUGGCAGGUCAGCGAGCAUUGUGUACACCCGUGCUCCGAGUAUGAGCCUAGCGAGGCUGCAUUGCGGGAUAGCUGGUAUGAGAUCAAGGACCAGAUGGACGAUGAGGUAGGCGAAUGGAAUUGUGAAAUCAACGAGAUAAUGGGGAAAAGAGAAGUGACGGAGGAUGAGGAGAUCGUGCUACAGUAUACUGGAUUGAGAUACUGGAGUGCGCCGGGACACGAUGAAGACUCUCUUGCUGCAACAGUAAAGAUCGUAGCAGAACGGAACUUCAAACGCGAUGUUGUCGCUAGACUUGGGGAGAAGUCAUGGUUCUGCGAGGAGACGGGGGAAGUGGUGUGGGUUGAAGAUGAAGAGAAGGGCGUAACAGGUUACCUGCGGGAUGAGGAUGAGGGACCGCAGCACAAGGUGUUUCUUGAAGAGCCUCCGCAGAGAGAGCGCGUGUGGCGUUCUCGUGUUAGCUGCUGCCUUGGGCUGCGUCGUUCAUAA